ACGACAACAAACGGACUUUUUGCUGCUACUCGGCGAUGCUAAGCGUUUUAUUUCCACAUUUAUAGACUUGUCCUCCCCGCACCUCUCAGGAGGAGAAGAGGAGACAUGGAGAACGUGCACCUGGCUCUGGAGGAGGAGGACCUUUACUCCGGCUACAACGACUACAAUCCAACAUUUGACUCCGAGGAGCUGGAGAAUGAUGCAGGCUUCCAGCAAGCAGUGAGAACCAGUCAUGGAAGAAGACCCCCGAUGACUGCCAAAUUUCCCGGCACUGCCAUUGGAGCUCGGCCUUUAGCGACUUCAUUUGGAUCUCGUAUCCCUAUGACAUCUUCAAUGGGCAGACCUGUGACUGGAGCUGUGCAGGACGGAGCCGCCCGACCAAUGACUGCUGUAAGAGCCGCAGGCUACACCUCCUCCAUGACUCGUGGCUCAAAUUUUGACCCUCUGGGACAGUCCAGAGGCCCCGCCCCUUCUCUAGAGGCCAAGAAUGAGGAUACGCCUGAGGAGAAGAUCAAGAUCCUGGAGAAGAAAGUGAAUGACUUGAUAGAGGAGAGCUGCAUGGCACAGAGCAUUGGAGCCUUGCAACUGUCUCUUGAAAAAGGCAAGGAGGCAGGGAGGAAGGAGAGAGCACUGGUGAGACAGAGGGAACAGACCGGAAAUGCUGAACACAUCAAUCUAGACCUCACCUACUCGGUUUUGCUCAACCUUGCCAACCAGUAUGAGAACAAUGAAAUGUACCCCGAGGCCCUAAACAGCUACCAGGUCAUUGUGAAGAACAAGAUGUUCAAUAAUGCAGGCCGACUCAAGGUCAACAUGGCCAACAUCUACUUCAAACAGAAAAACUACCCCAAAGCCAUCAAAUUCUAUCGAAUGGCGCUUGAUCAGAUCUCCAACGCUCACAAAGAAAUGAGGAUCAAGAUCAUGCAGAACAUCGGCGUGGUCUUUGUUCGCAUGGGUCAGUACUCGGAUGCCAUCACAUCUUUCGAACACAUCAUGAGUGAGAGCCCCAACAUUAAGACAGGCUUCAACCUCAUCCUGUGCUACUACGCCAUCGGUGACAGGGAGAGGAUGAAGAAGGCCUUUCAGAAGCUCAUUUCAGUCCCUCUGGGCAUCGAUGAUGAAGACAAAUACAUCGCAUCUAAUGAUGACACCAGUUCCAAUAUGGUCGCCGAGGCCAUUAAGAAUGACAAGCUUCACCAGAUGGAGAGAGAUCUAAAAGUCCUGGCUGAGAAAUACAUCAUGACUGCAGCCAAACUAAUAGCUCCGACUAUUGAGACUACCUUUGCCACUGGAUUUGACUGGUGUGUGGACAUGGUGAAAAGUUCUCAGUACGUCGAGCUAGCAAACGAUCUUGAGAUCAACAAAGCCAUCACCUAUCUCAGACAAAAGGACUUCAACCAGGCAGUUGAAACCCUGAAAACGUUUGAGAAGAAGGACAGCAGAGUGAAGAGCGCUGCCGCCACCAACCUUUCUUUCCUGCACUUCCUGGAGAAGGAAUAUGAGCAGGCUGAGCGCUACGCUGACCUCGCCAUGAACGCCGAUCGCUACAAUCCAGCAGCACUGAUCAACAAGGGCAACACUCUGUUCGUCAAACAGGACUAUGAGAAGGCUGCAGAGUUCUACAAAGAAGCGCUGAGGAAUGACUCCUCCUGCACCGAGGCCCUCUACAACCUGGGUCUAUCCUAUAAAAAACUGAAUCGACUGGAGGAGGCCCUGGACUGCUUCCUGAAGCUCCAUGCCAUUCUGAGGAACAGUGCCCAGGUCAUGUACCAACUGGCUCAUCUCUAUGAGCUUCUGGAGGAUUCCCAACAGGCCAUUGAGUGGUUGAUGCAGGUCAUCAGUGUAACUCCCACAGACCCACAGGCAUUGGCCAAGCUGGGGGAGCUGCACGAUAGCGAUGGGGACAAGUCCCAGGCCUUCCAGUACUAUUAUGAGUCUUUCAGAUACUUCCCCUCCAACAUCGAUGUGAUUGAGUGGCUCGGAGCGUAUUACAUCGAGACUCAGUUUUGUGAAAAAGCUAUUCAGUACUUUGAAAGAGCCACACUCAUUCAACCAACACAGGUGAAGUGGCAGCUCAUGGUGGCAAGCUGCUACAGAAGAAGUGGAAACUACCAAAAAGCUCUGGAAACAUAUAAAGACAUCCACCACAAGUUUCCAGAAAAUGUGGAAUGUCUGCGUUUCCUGGUGAGGCUGUGCACGGACAUGGGACUGAAUGAAGUCCAAGAAUACGCCACCAAGCUGAAGAAGGUGGAGAAGAUGAAGGAGAUGAGAGAACAGAGAGUGAAGUCUGGUAGAGAGGGAAGCGCCCGAGGUCGGAGAGAAGGCAGAGAGGGCAGCGGUGGGAGUGCCGUUGCCCAGGCUGAGUCUAAACAACUCAGUCCACUGUUGGACUCGGGGAAAGACAGCAGCCACAGCAGCAACAGCACUAAGGGAGAGCGGCUGAGCGCCAGGAUGAGGUCACUUCCUGCCUCCAACGAGCCCUACGAGGCCAACAGCCCAAAAGAACUGGAUGCGUCCUACGUGGAUCCCCUGGGGCCUCAGAUGGAGAGGCCGAAGACGGGGGCCAAGAAGCGGGUGGAGGAUGACGACUUCGCGGAUGAAGAGCUGGGAGACGACCUGCUGCCCGAGUAGCUGCAUAAUGUUUUUUACAUUUUUCGACUUUCACAUGGUAAACACUUUACUUUUCAUGGUUAUGGUCCAAAUGAAUGUUUACAUCAGCCGUGCAGAAGUCUGAUGUCUUCACCCGUGUCACAUUCGGAAAGGUAAAUAUUUAUACAUGUGUAUUUAGCAGAGGAAUACUUACACUUAUAAUGUAUCAAGACUUAUAUACAUGGACUGAUUGCAAAAUGUUGCGGCUCAGUAUUUUGCACAGCUUUGUUGUUGCUUUUUCCACCAGCACAAUGAAACUGACAUUUGACCACAACAGUAACGCUUAACUUAAAUUUGAACCUGUUUACAUGAAUUAUGUUGAGAUAUUCUUGGACGUCUUGUUCCAGCCCAUGAGUAAAUGUGUUGCGCAGGUUACUCAGUGUGGAUUUGAACUUUUUCCUUGUAAACCCAGUGCUGGAGCCAAACAAUGACAGACAUGACAUUUUUUUUCUGACAGCGCUGUAUGUUUACAUGUGUGACCCUGGGAACUCUCUGGAGAAUCCACCAGCACAACACAUUCACCAGACUCAUGUAAUAAAUCCAUUACAUGAGUUUACUGUUGUAAUUUGUACCAAAAUGUUUAUUUGUAGUAUAAUAUUUAUAUUUUCUUGUUUGUUCAUUCAUUGUUUGCUAAGUAUACAAUUAAAAGAGACAAUAUUUAUGUAACAUUUAA